AUGGACCGACAAGCCGUGGAGCUGGGAGACCACAUCUUGGAUAGGCUACGCGCCACGCCCUCCACGGAGCGCAUACUCAUAGGACUGGCAGGCGUACCUGCCUCCGGGAAGUCCACCCUCACGCAGCUAGUUAUCGGCCAUGUCAACCUGAUGUUCCGGCGCGAGCACGCUUCGGGCUCCGUGGACGAUCGCGACAUCGCGGUGCUGAUCGGCCUGGACGGAUGGCACCUCUCGCGCGCGCAGCUCGACGCGAUGCCGGACCCGAAGCUCGCAAGGGAUCGCCGCGGGGCGCACUGGACGUUCGACGGAGAGUCGUACGUAAACUUCGUGCGUGCACUCCGCAAAUCGCACGCAGACCCAACGUCUACGGAUGGCGAGGAGGAUGUGGUCUAUGCGCCUUCAUUCGACCAUGCCGUGAAGGACCCUACGCCACGCACAGUCGCUGUGCACCCUCAUCACCGCGUUGUCUUGAUUGAGGGCCUGUAUUGCUUCUUGGGUAUUCCUCCAUGGCGAGAAGCGGGGGAGAUGCUGGACGAGCGGUGGUGGCUGGAGGUGAGCGAAGAGGAGGCGGAGCGGAGGCUUGUUGCGAGACACGUGCGGAGUGGGGUCGCGAAGGAUCUCGAGGAGGCCAUAUGGAGGUCAAGGGAGAAUGACGCACCGAACGGCAGGUUCGUCAAAAAGAAUAUGCUGGAGCCGACACGAACCAUUCAGAGUGUGGAAGAUCUUGUAUGCACGAGCGCAUGA